AUGGGCAAAAAGAUGAAAUCAAAGAUUCAUAUAAGAGACAGUAUAGUCGAUGUUUUGUUUCGGAUGGAGAGGUUUAUGAUGAGCACGGAGUCACCGGACGAAAAUCAAAUUAGAUUUCGACUGGAGAAGCUAGAGACGAAAUGGGAUGAAUUCGAGGAAAUUCAGUGCGAAAUCGAGAGUGCUGAAGAUCACGAGGAGAACAUCGCAGGCCACCGACUUGUUCGAGAGGAGUUCGAGGAGAAAUACUUCGAGUUUCAUUACCUGCGGGCUUCUCUUAAAGGCGAUGCUUUAAAACUAAUCGAUUCAUAUCCGAUGAGUGAUGCGAAUUACAGGGUGGCUUGGGAUGCAUUGGUCGCUAGGUUUUCCAACAAGUAUUUACUAAAAAAGAGACACUUGAACGCUUUAUUCGAGUAUCCGAGGAUAAAAAAGGAAUCCGCUGUUGCUAUUCACGACAUCAUAGACUGUUUUGAGCGUAAUACAAAAAUUCUAGAUCAGUUGGGCGAAAAAACGAAUGGCUGGGGUGCGAUGUUGGUUCAUCUCAUGGUUUCAAAAUUGGAUGACGUUACUCAAAAACGCUGGGAGGAGCAUGCUUCAGGUGACGAUGAACCAUCGUUUGCCGUAUUAGUAAACUUUCUGAAGAAGCAGACACGUGUGCUUGAUGCAGUUUCUGUGGAUCAACACUCUUCAAGUUCAGCUUAUUUGUCUUCUCCGAACGGUGCUAAAUACAGACCAGCGAAGGUAUCGGUCAACGCGGCGACUGAAAGUUCGGGUCCAAACUGCAUUGUAUGUUCCGAGCAACAUUCUAUUGCAAGAUGUCCGACCUUUUUUAAGUAUCCAGUUGAUAAAAGACUGCAGAUCACCAACUCUAAGAGAUUGUGCAGUAACUGUAUGGGACGUAAUCAUUUGGCACGAGAUUGUCCGUCGAAAUAUCGGUGCAGAACCUGUUCUAAGAAGCAUCAUUCUUUACUUCAUCCCGGAUUUCCUGGUUCUGGUUCAUCUUCUGCGGCAGGUACAACUGAGACUGGUGGGUCUCCAUCGACUUCUGGGGCUGCGUCGAACUCUGGUGGUUUGGUUUCUAGUUCGGUCGCAUCUAUAUCAUCUAACAUGGCGAUGGGGGUCACAGGAUCGCAUAUUUUCCUGCUGACGGCGAUACUGAAAGUGAAGGAUAGAUGGGGACGGACACAUCUCGCUAGGGCGUUGCUGGAUUCAGGUUCACAGGCAAAUCUCAUGUCAGAAAGACUAUGUCAACUUCUCAAACUUCAACGUAGCGACAAGAAAGUGGAAAUUAGCGGCAUCGGACAAACAAGAAGGCAUAUUUCUUGGGAAGUAUCUACGGUUGUUAGCUCGCGUACGCUAGAUUUUUCGUUGCCAAUGGAAUUCUUGGUUUUGGGGCAGGUAACAGACAAUCAGCCAUCUACGUCUAUACCAUUGGCGCAUUGGAAUCCACCAUCCGAUAUGGAUUUAGCUGAUCCUGAAUUCUACAUUUCGCGUCCGAUUGACUUGGUACUUGGUUCACAGUUUUAUUACGAUUUUCAUCUUAUGGAUGGUGGUCGGUUACAAAUUCGUAGGAUCGACAAUACUCUUCCAGUUUUCGUCAACACGGUUUUCGGAUGGGUUGCAGCAGGUGAAUCCGAUUGGAAUGGUGGAAUAUCAAUAGUGAGCUGCAACUUAGCUGUAACAAAAUCGCUGAAUAAAUCCAUCGAAAGGUUUUGGACAAUCGAAGAACUAUCGGAAACGCUGCCUCGGACCCAAGAAGAGGAAGAUUGUGAACUACAUUUCCGGAAUACGGUCAGUCGUGAUACAAACGGGCGAUAUGUAGUGCGCUAUCCAAAGCAUAUGAACUUCCACGAAAUGAUUGGAGAAUCGAAGGAUGCAGCAAUACGAAGAUUUCAACAUUUGGAAAGGCGGUUGACGAAGGACUCCGAACUGAAGAAGCAGUACUGUGAAUUCAUGCAAGAGUAUCUAGAUCUGGAACAUAUGAAGCUCAUUGGUUCAGUGGACGGUUUGCGGGAAGAGCAAAAACCAGUUUGUUACCUUUCUCAUCAUCCAGUUUUCAAGGAAUCAAGCUCAACAACAAAGGUGCGAGUCGUGUUCGAUGGUUCAGCAAAAACUUCUACGAAUUUUUCUCUCAAUGAUGCGCUUCUUACUGGACCGGUAAUACAAGAUGAUUUGCUAGAUCUAAUGAUACGCUUCCGCAAACACGCUGUCGCUUUGGUUGCCGACAUAGAAAAGAUGUAUCGGCAAAUACGCGUACAUUCAGAAGAUACACCAUUGCAGAGAAUUGUCUGGCGUUUCAACCAAUCAGAGCCGAUUCAGGUUUAUGAGCUUCUCACUGUCAGCUACGGUCUUUCUCCAUCGUCGUUCCUGGCAACACGAGUGCUUAAGCAAUUGGCUUUGAACAGUGCGAGAAACCAAAAAUCAGUAUCUGUUGCAGUAGCGGAAGAUUUUUAUAUGGACGAUUUUCUAUCGGGAGCGGAAUCUAUUGAAGAUGCUAAGCGAUUGCGAUUCGGUGUACAAACACUCAUGGCGGAAGCAGGACUACAGCUUCGAAAAUGGAACUCAAAUAUCUCAGAAGCUUUGGAAAUUGCCCCGGAAGGACCCACCAUUCUACAUUUUGAAAAGGAACCGAAGGUGAAAACACUAGGAGUUGCCUGGGAGACUGGACCAGAUCAGUUCUGCUUCGACGUUCGCGAUAUCAAACAUGGCGAGCAAUGGACAAAGCGAAAGAUAUUUUCGGCGAUAGCUCAGUUAUACGAUCCUCUUGGACUUGUGUCACCUGUUAUAGCUUGGGCUAAGAUUCACAUGCAGCAGCUUUGGUUAUCUUCCGUUGGUUGGGAUGAUCCAGUUACCGUUACUGUAAACGCUAGAUGGGAAGAGUUCUACGUUCAGUUACCUGAGUUGAAAUCGUUCAAGAUACCAAGAUGUUUGUUUCUAGCCAAACCAACGGAUACUCAGUUUCACGUUUUCUGCGAUGCCUCGGAACUGGCAUACGGAGCUUGUAUUUAUGCGCGUUCGACCAACAAGGAUGGCGAAAUCAAGGUUACGCUCAUAUCAUCAAAAUCUCGUGUAGCUCCACUCAAACGGCUUUCUUUACCUCGCUUGGAGUUGUGUGCUGCUCUUUUGGGGGCCAAACUAUACGCCCGGGUCUCAGCAGCAUUACGGAUGGAAGGAACUUCUUGCUGGUUUUGGUCAGAUUCCACCGUCACUCUACACUGGAUACAAGCACCAUCCAACACUUGGCAAACUUUCGUCGGAAAUCGCACUUCUGAAAUACAAAAUCUUACUCGAGGACAUAACUGGAACCACGUCAAAGGAGUCGAAAACCCGGCCGACUAUGUAUCUCGUGGAAUGCUACCAAAAAAUUUCAUCACAAAUAUGAUUUGGCUCGAAGGCCCAGCUUGGCUCCAAAAAUCGCAGGAAAAUUGGCCUGAACACCAUAAUCCAGAACCUCCGCCAGAAGAUAUUCUAGAGAGAAGAAAAACCGUACUAGUAGUUCAACAAAACUCGACCGUAGACUGUCUAUACGAGAGAUAUUCGUCAUUUCUAAAGCUAGUACGUGUUACAGCCUAUAUACUACGCUUCGUAAACGCUUGCAAGGGUAAAUUUAAACAUCCAACUGAUAUAUUUGUCACAACACAAGAAAUGCAAGCAGCCAACGAAGCAUUGGUCAAAGGUGUGCAGCAGCAAACGUUCCACGAAGAGUUGAAGGCGUUAAAAAACAAGCGACCACUUCCAUCAUAUUCAGCAUUGAAAUAUCUUCGUCCAAUAAUUGAUACCAAUGGAAUCCUUCGUGUCGGUGGCCGGCUUCAACACUCCGAAGAAGUAUACCAAGCCAAGCACCCUAUGAUUCUCCCAAACGCAUUUAUCGCCGCUUUACGUCGUUUCAUAGCACGUCGUGGUUUGCCUCAACAAAUUCAUUCCGAUAAUGGAACUAAUUUCAAGGGAGCAAAAAAUACUCUACUGGCCUUGUAUCAUAUGCUCAACGAUAAACCUAGUCAUGAAAAAAUUGUCAAUGAAUGUGUCAAUAGAGGCAUUCAAUGGAAAUUCAUACCCCCUCGAGCACCCAAUUUCGGAGGGCUAUGGGAAGCAGCAGUAAAAACAGCAAAAACUUCGUUGAUCAAAACGAUCGGUCAAUGUAAACUAUCGUACGAAGAUUUCGUCACUCUAUUAACGCAGAUCGAGGCCAACAUGAACACUCGUCCACUUACUCCACUUUCGGAAGAUCCCUCUGAGCUCGACGUGUUAACUCCAGGUCAUUUCCUUACGGGAUCAUCAUUGGGAGCAUUACCAGAUCCAGUUUACACUAAAAUACAACCCAAUCGAUUAAAACACUAUCAGCAAUUACAGCAGCUGAUUCAACAACAUUGGGUUCGAUGGAAAAAGGAGUAUUUGACCGAAAUAAACAGCCAACAUCAAAAAUCUUCAAAAUCGGUCCAAUUAGAAGUAGUUCGAGAUGAUAAUUUUAGUUUUAGUGCGAGAUGA